AAGCAGGACGAAGAUAUGCAAGACGGAGGUGCCGAUCCCUCCAGACAAAUGGAUUUCGAUCCAACUGGACAGCCGGAAACGUAUGAAUGCCAUAUCUGUGGACAGACAUUCGAAUUUUGGCUCAUUUUUGAUAUUCAUUUAUCGUCCCACGGCACCGGAUCGGAGCAUAAUGAGCAAGAGGAACGUCCCGGUCCCUCCAGACAAAUGGCUUCCGGUUCAAUUGGAGAUAAUAUGCAAGGCGAAAGUGUCGGUCCCUCCAGACAAAUGGAUUUCGAUCCAACUGAACAGCCGGACAAUGUAGGCAAAAAAUCCGUAACAACGGAGGAACAGAAGUACGAGUUGAAGCGUAAGCAAAGGAAUCUCGAACGCGUAAGCAAAGGAAUCUCUAUAAAAAAAGAGAGAGAAAAGUACUUGUUGAGUAAUAAAAGGUUCGAAGGCGACAACUUUGACGCGGACUCGAAAGGUUUGUCUCGGCAACUUUAA